AAUUUAGAUAUUGCUUUCACCCCGUCAAGUUUUCUCGUCCUCUGGAGUGCGGUAUUGUGGGUGGAUAUCGCAAACGACCGUGACUUGCCAGUCGUCACAUUAUUGUCGUCGCCCGAAGGUCUAGGCACAAACACAUUUCUCUUCCAAUACCCCGCACAUAAACCACCGCCAUGGGUGUCAAGAAGAAGUAUGCCAAGGGGCGUCUCGACAAGUACUAUCAUAUGGCCAAGGAGCAGGGUUAUCGUGCCCGUUCAGCCUUUAAGCUCAUUCAACUGAACAAAAAGUACAAUUUUUUGGAACGGUCGAAAUGCUUGGUGGAUCUCUGCGCGGCUCCCGGUGGUUGGUUGCAGGUGGCAGCAAAGUACAUGCCGAAGCCGAAUAUUAUUAUCGGUCUGGAUUUAGCAGCGAUUAAACCUAUACCUGGUGUCAUUACCCACGUUGAGGACAUCACCACGCAAAAGUGUAGAAUGACAUUGAAACGGGAACUCAAGACGUGGAAGGCGGAUGUCUUCCUUCACGAUGGUGCUCCCAACGUUGGUACAUCUUGGCUCCAAGAUGCCUUCACACAAUCCGAACUCGUUCUGGCGUCUCUAAAACUAGCCACAGAAUUCCUGAUGGCGGGAGGAUGUUUCGUUACCAAAGUCUUUCGCUCGAAGGAUUACAACAAGCUUAUUUGGGUAUUCAAUCAGUUUUUCGACAAGGUCGAAGCGACAAAGCCAGCGUCAUCACGUAACGUCUCUGCUGAGAUCUUUGUUGUUUGCCGCGAAUUCAAAGCACCCAAAAAGGUCGACCCACGAUUACUCGAUCCAAAAUACGUUUUCAAGGAAGUAGAUGAUGUGCCAGAAGAGGAGAUGGAUGAUAAGAAGAGAAAAGAGCGACAAGGUGCCAUGUUGAAUGACUUGUUUCAUCCCGAAAAGCGUCGGAGACAUCGAUCUGGUUAUGCGGAUGGUGACUACACACUUCACGUUGCUAGCAGUAUUUCCGAUUUCGUGCGGGGGCCAGACUUCCUUGGGGUGCUCACCCAAUCGAAUGCCUUGCGAUUUGACCAGGAUGAUUUUGGCAAAACCCUGGCGGAACAUCCACUGACAACAAAAGAACUUAAGAUGUGCUGUGAGGAUUUGAAAGUUUUGGGUAAAAAGGAUUUCAAGGACCUUUUGAAAUGGAGAGAGUCGAUUCGUUUGGAUCUUGGGCUGGAGAAGAAGAAGGAAGAGCGGAAGGCUGACACAGGGGACAAGGAGGAAAAUGGUGAAGAGGACUUACUGGAAUCACUUGAUGCCGAAGCUAAAUCAGUUGCUGCCACCCGCAAGCGGGCACUCCGUAAAGCACGCGAGCGAAAAGCAAAGCAAUUGAUUAAGAUGCGCCUAGGCAUGGGAACGCCAGAUGAGAUUGGGCUGGAAGCGAGUGAGGCAGGGGGCAUGGGAUUGGGAGACGGGCAUGAUGAAGGUCUGUUCCGAUUGAACGGCCUGUCUACGGAUGGUGUGAAAAAUGCGAAGCCAAUUGUUACGGACACGCAAAAGGAAGCGGUACUCAGUAGCGACGAUGAGGAAGCAGAUGAAGACAACGAGGCAAAUGAUGACGAUGAUGAAACAUUUGAUACAGAUGACGAGAUUGAACAAAAGAUCAACAAUCUCGAAAGCGAAAUCGAUGGCCUUUACGAACAAUUCCGUGAGCGGCGGCUCGAGCGCGAUCCGAGCGCCAAAGUGAAAAAGCAGAAGGAAGGCGCGCAGGCGUUUGAGGAGUGGUACGGAAUUGAGUUUGACAAGAAGCGGAAACGACAAGUUGGAGAUGUGGAUGGUGAUGCGAGCGACGAUAGCAGUGACGACAGUGAAGAUGAUAGUGAAUUGGAUGAAGAAGCCACCGGAGUCUCAGGAGGCAAGAAGCGCAAAGCGGGAAGCGAAAUGGACAAUGGGAACGUUGAAGAAGAGGACGUCAAUGGAGCGAUAGAUACUGGCAAACUGUCAAAACGAGCAAAAGUGUUCUUCGACAAUCCGCUAUUCAAAACUUUGGAGCAGCCCAAUGGUAAACCAGUGAAGGGGAAGGAGAGUAAACAGAAGGACGGGCUGUUUGCGCAGGAAUUGGCAAGCACCUGGAGUGACGACAGCAGUGACGAAGAUGACAUCCCAACACGACGUACAAAAUCCAAAGGCAGGAAGGAUGACGAUGACGAAAACGACAUUGAAAAGAAAGGGUUCGAAGUGGUACCCUUGGGACUGGAUGAGAAAGACGGACCAAAUGACGAUUUUGCCAUCACCACAGCGGAAGCAUAUACCCUUGCCCAGAGAAUGAUUCGGAAGUCUGAUAAAAGGGACCUAAUCGACGAAGGAUUCAACCGAUACGCUUUCAACGAUCCAGAUGGUGUUCCGUCAUGGUUCGUGGAAGAAGAAUCCCGACACAACAAACCCACUCUCCCCGUCACAAAAGAAGCUGUCCAAAUCAUCCGCCAACGCAUGCGUGCUUUAGACGCGCGCCCCAUCAAAAAGGUCGCCGAAGCCAAAUUCCGUAAACAAAUGCGAACUGCGCGCCGAUUAGAAAAGAUGCAAAAGAAGGCGGCAAACGUCAUGGAGGACGAGGGGGGUGAAAUGACCGAGAAGGCAAAGCUGACCCAAGUUUCAAAAAUGAUGAAGAAGGCAAAGGCGAAGCAAGAGAAGAAAAAGGUUUCCGUUGUGGUGGCAAAAGGAAUCAACAGAGCCAAUAAAGGUAGACCAAAGGGUGUCAAGGGUCGCUAUAAAAUGGUGGAUCCACGUAUGAAGAAGGAGGUGCGAGCGCAAAAACGCUUGGCAGAAAAGGGGAAGAAGAAGAGAAGAAAGACAUAGGAUCAGACUUGAUUUUUAUUUGUACACAAAUUAUGAUAUUCAAUUUCUUACGAUGAGGUUGUUUCCCACCUACAUCGACUCAA